AGCUGAGGACUUCAACAGUGUUGGAUUGCGAAGCUGCCGAAACAUUGGCGCCGUCUGUGGGAAACCGAACAAGGAGUCGUGUGACUUAACCUGCUGAGAGACAAAAUGGUUCGUACCUUUACAGGAGAUCGCCCUCCAAGAAAUGAAGUGGACGAACAGGAGGACAUACAAGUAUCUGAGCCUGGGUUGAAUGACGUUAGGCCAAUGCCUAGGAAUCUUUUUGUAGGGGGAGCCGAACAGGAUCACCUGAGUGAGACAGAUGAUGAAAGAACACCGACUGGGUAUGCAACCCAGCCUGAACAGUUCCAAGUUCCAACAGGGACAAGACGAAGACCUUCUAGACCACACAAUUCGCAGCAUGAACGACCUGAAAGGUCAACAGAACCUGCUCGGACAACCGAGCUCGAGGAGAGAACUAAAGUUCUCGAAAUGGCAAUGGGUAAAAUCCUUGCCCGCCUGAUCCCAGAUGACCCCCUGAUUCCUUUGCUGAACAGGGAUGCGCAACCAGCUGCGGUUGUGGCAACUAGGAACUCCCCUGCUCUAAGCAACAUAGUAGUGCCGACUAGGCCUAGGGGAAGUGGGAAAUUGAAUAUUGAGCCCAGCUCGUCCAAAUAUAGUGAAGAAUUGAUGAGAAAGAACGCAGACCUCGAAAGGCAACUGCGGGAUGUACAGAAAUCUAUUGACGAGCUGAAAAGCCCGAGGUCGCACCAACAGACCUUGGAUUUGGAUAGUGCUCCGUUGAACCUAUCCAUCACGGCAGAACCAUAUCAAGAGGGAUUCAAAAUUCCCCACCUAGAGACAUAUGAUGGCACGAAAGACCCGGAUGAACAUCUACACACCUAUCAAGCCAUCAUGAGGAUUCAAAACGCCAAUGAUGCUAUGAUGUGUAAAGUAUUCCCGGCGACACUGAAAUCAACAGCCCUGCAGGGUCCUCCCCCUCUUCUACAACAGAGGGAGGCCAGACGGGAACCUCCUCCUCGUUGAGAUCCCAUCUCAACCGCACCGUUGUGUCGGCCAGGGGAGCAAGGCUCUUAC